GAGCGAUGAGCGCAGCUCGCCCGGACGCAGCCCGGCAAUGGAGGAUGAUUUAUUCCAGCUGAGACAGCUGCCAGUGGUCAAGUUUCGUCGCACUGGGGAGAGCUCAAGGUCAGAUGAGGAUGCAAUUUCAGGAGAACACGAAGUUCAGAUUGAAGGGGUCCGGACAGAACUAGAGGCUGUCGAGCUCGAGGAUGGAGCUGCAGUGCCAAAGGAGUUUGCCAACCCAACUGAUGAUACUUUUAUGGUGGAAGAUGCGGUGGAAGCGAUUGGAUUUGGAAAGUUCCAGUGGAAACUCUCUGUUAUUACUGGAUUAGCAUGGAUGGCAGAUGCUAUGGAAAUGAUGAUUCUAAGUAUCCUAGCUCCUCAGCUUCAUUGUGAGUGGCGAUUACCAAGCUGGCAGGUUGCAUUGCUCACAUCGGUGGUGUUUGUGGGAAUGAUGUCCAGUUCUACUCUCUGGGGAAACAUUUCAGAUCAGUAUGGGAGAAAAACAGGGCUAAAGAUCAGUGUGUUAUGGACGCUCUACUAUGGGAUCCUCAGUGGUUUUGCCCCGGUGUACAGCUGGAUCUUGGUGCUGAGGGGCCUCGUGGGCUUUGGCAUUGGAGGGGUGCCUCAGUCGGUAACUUUAUAUGCUGAAUUCCUUCCAAUGAAAGCCAGAGCAAAAUGCAUUUUAUUAAUAGAGGUGUUCUGGGCCCUUGGGACGGUGUUUGAAGUCCUCCUGGCAGUGCUGGUGAUGCCCACGCUUGGCUGGCGAUGGCUGCUCAUUCUUUCUGCCCUCCCGCUUUUGCUCUUCGCUGUCCUGUGUUUUUGGCUGCCGGAGAGCGCCAGGUACGACGUGUUAUCUGGAAAUCAAGACAAAGCGAUUGCCACUUUAAAACGGAUAGCAACGGAGAAUGGAGCUCCAAUGCCUUUGGGAAAAUUAAUUAUUUCUAGACAGGAAGACCGAGGGAAAAUGAGGGACCUUUUUACACCCCAUUUUAGAUGGACCACAUUGUUACUCUGGUUUAUAUGGUUUUCCAAUGCUUUUUCAUAUUAUGGGUUAGUAUUAUUAACUACAGAGUUCUUCCAAGCCGGGGAUGUCUGCAGCAUUUCCAGUAAAAGGAAAGCAGUUAAAGCAAAGUGCAGCCUGACCUGUGAGUAUCUGACAGAGGAAGAUUACACUGAUCUGCUCUGGACAACCCUGUCAGAAUUCCCAGGUGUGUUAGUAACACUCUGGAUUAUUGAUCGGAUAGGCCGCAAGAAAACCAUGGCCCUGUCCUUUCUGGUCUUCUCAUUUUGCAGUCUUCUGCUGUUCCUCUGUGUUGGAAGAAAUGUUCUUACUGUGCUGCUCUUCAUUGCAAGAGCUUUUAUUUCAGGAGGAUUUCAGGCUGCUUAUGUUUACACUCCUGAGGUUUAUCCGACAGCCACUCGUGCUUUAGGCCUGGGAUCUUGCAGUGGCAUGGCCAGAGUGGGAGCCCUCAUAACCCCGUUCAUUGCACAGGUGAUGCUGGAAUCCUCUGUCUACUUAACGCUGGCUGUUUACAGCGGCUGCUGCCUGCUGGCAGCUCUGGCCUCCUGCUUCUUGCCCAUCGAAACGAAAGGCCGGGGCUUGCAGGAGUCCAGCCACCGGGAAUGGGGACAGGAGAUGGUCGGGAGAGGAUCUCAUUCCCCCGGGGUCGCCAGGUCGGACUCUGGAUCACAGGAAUGACGGGAUGUGAAAUCCUGCCGGCAGGACGGCUGGUGCGAGCGAGGUGUUUCACAGAAAACCAAGCCCUGGGCACAGGGAGCGGAUCCUACUGUCACUGCCAUGUCCCACACUGCAGGAACUUGGGGUCGAACCAAAGCAAGUUGUGUUUCGACUGCUCUUUGCUCAUAAAAAAAAAUACAUUUCUGUAUUGAGGCAUUUGAUCCAGAUAUCAUUUCAAGUUUAGCAGGAGGGGUUUUUCUCAAGUCUGUUGUGCCUGCAUGGUCAGCUAUUCAGCUUAAAAUGUCCCGUGUCAAGCAAAUAGCUAACUGAAUGCAACUCAGUAUAAGCUGUAACUAAAAUAAUGUACUCUUGAUGCCUAAAAGCAAAAGAUUAAUAUUUAUUGUGUACCUGGCAUUGAAUACGGUGGAUUCCAUACACUACAGAAUAGAUUUUAUGAAUUAGAUACCUGCCUUGCACUUUUUAGCCAUCAAGCACCACAAGGAAAUGUGAUAACAGCAACCAACCACCGCUUUAUAGUUCCCUUGCUUACGAGCUCUGUUCCUUGGGAACUAAGGCACUGCAAAAGAGAUUGCUUGGCACCCGUUUUCUGAAUGUUUCUCCCAUCCAAGGCAGGUAGUUUGCAUCAGUGAGGAGUGGUAUUUGCUGCAAGGAUGGAAUGUUAUGUAAGAAAUAUAAAUUCCAGUGGUUUGGAGCAGAGUUUGACUUCUCUAAGUUUGCCAGCAACACGGAGCGCUCCUGGGUGCCGCGUGGUGAGGAUUGUUUCAGCUGCACUGCUGUCACUGUGUGUGCAGACACACACUGGGGUUUUCUGCAUGGGCCCACGUGUUUCUGCUCCCUUUCCUACGUGUGUCCUGCAGCGGUGUGGCCAAAACUCUCGAUACAGACGCCUCGAUGUGCACAGCUGCUUGUAGCAGGUUGGAUGGAGCCGCCUUCACGUGUCUCCGGCCAGAAGCUGGUUCCCGACAGCCGGGCUCUUCAGUAGCUGCAGAUUGUACGUGGACUGUGAGGUCAAGCUGGUAACGCAGGAAUGUGGUCGGGAUCAGGAAUCCCGGGAAGAGCUGCACCACAACCAUCCUUAGACGAGCGUCUUGGCUCCUUCGCAUCUUGCCCCAGAGGUGACAUGGGUGCUGCUGCUCUUGCUGGCAGAGGUGACGGAGCUCAGGUGAGGCCAAGUACACUUCAUACCUGUGUGCACCUCUUGCUUGUCAGAGAUCUGUCAGGUUGUGGAGGUUGUGGACAUGCAGGGAGGAAAUGGAGAUCUUCCUCAUCCACGCGUCUCGGUUUAUUUUCAGGAAUCCAAACUAUGGAACACAACCAAAUGCAAGUGAGAUGGACUAAAUGCUAAUCGCCAAGCUGAGGGAAGCAAUACAUUUUUAAUUAUACGUGUGGUCGGUUGUUUCAUAAAUAUAGGUAAGAGUGCAACAAAUUUUGCACUGUGAAAUAUUUAAGGUAUUCUGGGAACCAGGUCCCCUUUCUCCGGGGCAGGAAUAGGUCACUGAGUCCGUAGUCCGUGUGUGUGCACGACAAACAAGCACAGUCAGGGUUCAGCUUUCACUGGGGCUCUGUGACACUGUAGUGCCGUGUGAGAUGUGUUAUCCAAGAGGUGUUAGGCUGCGUGUAGCCCUGAAGGAAAGGGACGAGUGCAUGAUUCCUUAAAGAGCCUGGGGAACCUCAGACUAACAAGAAAGGCCAAAGAGAUUGUUAACAUGGUGUGUGUGGGUAUCUUCUGCUGGGAAAGGCUAUGUUUUGACAAAGCACUGAAGUGACUUGUGCAUCUGCUGCUUUGUGACAGUGACUGCAAAGGACUCCCGAAGCAGUCGAUAUGGGCAAGUGUUUCAUUUUCAGUCACAGGAAAAUGUAAUGCAGCCCUUGGGGGCUCCGUAGGGGAUCCCACCUCCGGGGGCCUGGGGAGGCUGCAGCCCCGGGUUGAGUUUCGUUAUCUCUGUCUCUGCCCCGUGUGCAGAAGCCCCAGGAAGGCCGGGCCUGGCUGGUCUGCAGGAAGAGCAGGAAUUAGUCCCCAAUACCCGCCUUGUGUCCCCAAUAACUCCCUGUGUCCCCCCUCCUGCCAGGCUGCCCCGGGUGCUCUGUGCAGCUGGGGUCUUCCCAGCCCUGCUGCUGGGUUGCCCAUUACCCAGGAACUCCCUCAAAAUUCUGCUUCUCCAGGGUCCACGUGCUCACCUGGCUUCCUUCUUUACUUUUAUUUAACAGUUUUAAAAGGCUGCAUUGCAAUGGCCUUCAAAGUCUGCACUCGGUUUUGGCUGAAGUAUAUAUGUCUAAUAAAGUGGUGCAUAUGUAUACUUCAAAUAAAAUAUUUCCCAGGUAGAUGUAUAUGCAAUGCAAAGCCUUUUCAUCCUGUUGAGUAAUUCGGUUUAAACCUGUGACAUUUACAGUAUUAAAAAGAGAAAAUGGAAGGCAUUUUUGCCUUUCACUUUAUAUAAAUUCUGCAUUGAAAAGAAAAGGAAAAAAAUGUAUAUAACGCUAUGAAUGCCGAGCUCGGCCCUGCUGAGACAGCUUCGCGUUCCAGGUUUUUCAUUUAAGGAUAGUGAUGCCUAAAGCAUGAUCCAGAGCUCCCUGAAGUCUGAGCGUUCCAGUGACAUUCAUGGGCUUUGGAUCUGCCCUUGGCAGCUGAUCCCGCAUCCCCAAAAUCCCGAGGAGCCUCUGGGGCUGCUUGAGAGACAGAGCUAAGCUCAGGUUUGGCAAGUCCUGGAAAUCAUCACUAAGAGAAGGACAUUUUAGAGCGUUCACUGAAAAAGCUGAAGAACACUUGGCUGAUGCACAAUAGCCUAUAAAUAAUCACAAGUCAUAUUUUGUUAAUAUGGCAACACCGUUGAUGUAUAUAAUAAGCUUCCAAAGAUUGUUUUACACUGUCGAGUAUUUUUCACUGAUGAAAGAAUUACUAUAGUAGCUUCAUUUAAAACACUAAAGAGAGGUAAUUUUGAAUUAAAAUUGAGAGCAAACAGGACUGUGUGAUUCGGAGAUUUGUUCGCUGUCCAAUACAUUAAUGUGCCACGCUGUUGUGGGAAAAGUGAUUCUCCAAGUGUGCUUUGACGGAAUGAUUUCG